AUGUCUACUGCCGAGCUCGCUUGCUCCUACGCGGCCCUCAUCCUCGCCGAUGACGGUGUCGAGGUUACCGCCGACAAGCUCCAGACCCUCCUCGGUGCCGCCAAGGUCCAGGAAGUUGAGCCCAUCUGGACUUCCAUCUUCGCCAAGGCUCUCGAGGGCAAGGACAUCAAGGAGCUCCUGACCAACGUUGGCUCUGCUGGUCCCGCCGCUCCCGCCGCCGCCGGUGGUGCCGCUGAGGCCCCCGCUGAGGCUGCUGCUGAGGAGAAGAAGGAGGAGGAGAAGGAGGAGUCCGACGAGGACAUGGGCUUCGGUCUUUUCGACUAA